GGUUAAAAAAUAUUUUUUUUUGUAGUUACUACUAUUUUUAAUUUAUUUCAUUUUUUUUUAUUUUAAAAACAUAAUAUAACUUGACAAUAUUUUGUUUCUUUUUAUAAAAAAUAUCGAAUAUGAAAUAACACAAUCCUAUUGGUCACUCUAGGGUGUGAGCCCAAGAAUAAGUUUUAUUCAAUCGAUAUUGUUAUGAGUUUUUUUUUUUAAAUGUGUUGUUUUGAAGUCAGAUUUUAUGUUUGUAUAAUUAUCUUAGGAUUUGGUUGGUCCAUUCAUGAAACAAGAGGAACAAAUAGAAAAUGAAUGUAUGAAAAUAAAAUAGGUGGAAUGAAAAGGAAUGGUUGUUCUUUCUCAAAUUUAAAAAAAUUGUUCUUUAAUUCUUUAAAAAAAUGAAUGCGAAAGAUUGAGAAGAAAUUAUUAUUCCUUGUGAAUGAUAAAUCUUUUUAGAAACGUUAGGGAAUGCAUUAUUCUUCGUCGUUUUUUAGUCACCGUUCAUACCCUAGUUUUUUAUGAAAAUAUUUUAAACUUGUACAUUGUAUAUUAAUAUUAAAUGUUCUAACGACACGAAUGAAAUUUCUUAUAUACUGUUUGAGUUUGGCGAAAAGUGAUAUGUUAGCCCCUAUCAAAUCAUCGACGUGUUAAAUUCCAUGCAGACACAAAAUAAGUUAUUUACUUUGUCAACUAGAAUCUUGGUGGUUGGCUCUUACGUUAUCACUUUUUUUUGCAAGUGAUCUUUAGUUUGUUAAUUUAUUUCUAACUGAACAGCUCAAUUUAUUAUCACUAUUAAGUUAAUGUGAACGUUUAAUCUUGAACGCUCAAUCCCAAUUAGGAUAGAUUGAUUCGUUAAAUAUAAGAUAAUAUGUGUUUAUCGGAUGAAUUGAUUUUUCGCUGCCAAAAUGAAAAGUAUCAACGAAUUCUGUUUUUUUUUGGUAAAAUCAACGAAUUCUGUUUUUUUUUUUUUUUGAACAUAACGAAUUCUGUUUUGUGUUUGUGGGUUGUGUUUUUCUCUUCUUAGUUUGUUCUUACACAAAUAAGUGACACUAUAUAUCGAUUAGAUGAUACAGUUGAACAUAUAUACACAUUUUUAGCCAAUAAUAUACAUUGUAUUAAGUAUAUAUGAAACUGAAUGAAGACACAAUAACAAGUUAUUUCGAAGAUUACAUAUUUUCGACAACUAGACAUUGUAAUACAGAAAAGGCAACACGUAAGGACAGCAACAGAACAAACACACUAAACAUGUCUUUAUUCAUUUAUAGUAAUUAUAACCAUAUCGAUAAACAAAAUAGAAAUAUAUAAAUAAGCAUUAAUAUUAGGUGCCACUGUGUUUGCGCCACGUAUUGGAUUGAGCAUAUGCAUAUAGUGGAUUCCGUGACUAGAAACUACAAAGUGACGAGAGAUUCUCAGUCUUAUUAUAAAGCAGAUUCUUUUCUUUGAUCUCUUCUUCUUCUUCUUCUUAUUUGGAAUAUCUGCAAAAUCAAUUUCUGUGCCAAUCAUCAUAAUAUCUGGCUUUCAUUUAUUAUCGACACGCGUGUGUAUUCUUUUUCUAUUUCACCAGUCGAAUAUUCGAAUGUAGUGGGGACAAAAAUUAUUGACUAUUAUCUUGUUUUUAUUUUGAAUAAAAUUAAAUGACAAUAUGUUUAGCUACUAAACCUGGACAUAAUUCUGAUUCUGUAUGUUUCUACAUUUAGCUAACACUAUGCUGGCUACUAAACGUGGAUAAACUAGCUAGUGUGAUCGUUGUUUUAAGCAUACAUGUUACAUUUCUUUUUGAAAGCACAUAAAUGUUACGUUUAGCAAUUAAAUCCAUCAAAUGUAGGUGAUCCUGUUGGAGAGUUCACUCUAAAUAUAUUUUGUUAGAGUUCGAAUAUUUCAUUAUAACUCCAGUAAUUUUUGAUGUGUGUCAUGUAGACGUUUCCAAUAGCAAGAAAACAUAACAUGGCUUUCUAUGGAUUAUGGAAUGUUAGAUUUCGACCCAAAAAAAAUUAACAAAAAUUUGAAGUACUAGUUUCUAUAGAUAUAAUUAUUAAAACCAAUCCACUGUUGAAAUAAAACAAAAAAUAUGCAUGUAAGAAAAAUUAUAAAAUCAUAAGUUGACCACUUAAUAGAAUUUUAAGUUCUAGAGAUAGAAGAAUCACAUGAUAGAUAUUUACAUAUCUAUUGAUGACAAUGCCAAAUAGUAAGAAUAGUGCUAGAGCAUUAAGAUAAACACUCUGACUUAGUAGAAUAUAUAUACAUACAAAAAUCCCUUUUUAUCUCCCAAGUUGUGCCAAGUCCCAAGAUUCUUUAGUUCAUCUAUAAAAAGCUUUCAUAUGGCUCAUUCCAAAGAAACCAGCAUCAACCACAACACACACUACACCAUUGAGAAAAGUUGUAGCAACAAAAGGAAAAAGAGGUCAAUAAUGUCAAGAGAAAUAGAACCACUAAUAGUGGGAAGAGUGAUAGGAGAUGUCAUAGAAAUGUUCAAUCCAAGUGUGACUAUGAGAGUCACUUACAAUUCCAACACAGUCGUCUCCAAUGGUCAUGAGCUAGCACCUUCUCUUCUCCUCUCUAGGCCUCGCGUUGAAAUUGGGGGCCAUGAUCUCCGUUCAUUCUUCACCUUAAUCAUGAUGGACCCUGAUGCCCCGAGUCCUAGUAAUCCUUACAUGCGUGAAUAUCUGCAUUGGAUGGUGACAGAUAUCCCCGGGACAACCGAUGCUUCUUUUGGGAGAGAGAUGGUGAGAUACGAAACGCCUAAACCUGUGAUUGGGAUACACAGAUACGCGUUUGUGCUGUUCAGACAGAGAGGGAGACAAACGGUGAAGGCGGCACCGGCAACAAGGGAAUGUUUCAACACAAGAGACUUCUCUGCUUUCUUUGGUCUUUCUCUACCUGUUGCUGCUGUUUACUUCAACGCCCAACGUGAAACUGCCCCUCGACGACGUCCUUCUUACUAAUCAACUAUAAAUAUCAUAUAAUAAUAUGCUCUACUCUAUAUGUAGAAAUAAAGUUCACACUAUACCUUAAUGUGCCAAAAUAAAGUUCCCUAACUAAGCACAGGGUAUGUGUUGUUUUGUAUGUUCAAUCCAAAAGAAAUAAAGAAUUGUCAUUUGAUUUUA